GCGUCGGUUUCGCGCUGCUCUCUUGGCGCACCUCGGCGGCUCCGGAUUGUCCGUCUUCGAGAUCCUUGCCAAUCUUUGGACCACUGCGGGCAGCUGGCAUUGGCGCUUCUCGAAUUCUUGAUUUUGAACGUCUUCUACCACUCGGAGGAUAUGGACGGCGACUUUAUUACACCGCUCGUAGCAGAUGGGCACGUAUAAGCAGUCGAUGUCUCAAGAAAAGCUUCGGUACGCAGUAAGGAAGGAAAGAUGCCGUCAGUCUGUGGAGACACGGUCGAGGCAACUGCUGCACAAGCAGGUAUCCCUGAUGUUAUAUCCAGUACGGACAGUGUUGGUACCCAGAGCGAUGUCUCUGUACAUACUACGGUCUCUGGCAGGCCUAGAAUGGAUGUCGCUUGUGUCUUGGAUCUACAGCAACCGGAACUUCUCACGCACCGAAAAAAAGCCUUAGAAGAUGUUAGGCAAGCUUGCAUUCUAGUAAACGCAAAUAUGCAUCAUAUACAGUUUGAGAAGCUUGAUUUUGGAGAAACAAAUGUACUAGAUACUUUCUAUAAUGCGGAUGUUGCCGUUGUUGAUUUAAGUAUUCAGCUACAGCAGUCUGCACUGUUCUAUCAUUUGGGUGUCAGAGAAAGCUUUGGAAUGAAAGAAAAUAUUUUGUUGUACCAUGACGGAGAUAAUGAAGCAACAAUUAGAUUGAAGCUAUCAUGUGGGAGCUACACAUUUGUUUCGUACCGUGUAGUUGAUUGCGGUUCCUGUGUUGCGACUAGUCCAACUACCAGUAGAGUUACCAGUGAAGAAUCGGUGGAUCCAAAGCAGCAUCUCGUACAAAAACUUAAGAAGCUUUUUCAGGAUGUGGAAAUACAGUCAAAAGCUCAUAUGAAAGAAAAGUUCUUGGCUGAUCUACGAAAAGCACGUGAGACUUAUUCCGGAGAGGAAUUAUCUAAGGCCUUGAACAAUAUGCGAAAACGUCUGGAUGAUCCAAAUGUGCUUUCUGGAGAAGUAGUAUUGAAUGUCCUUAUUUCUUUUCGGGAGAUUCAGGACUAUGAUGCGAUGGUGCAACUUGUGGAAGAUUUAAGAACGAUACCAAAUCAUAAAAAUUAUAUAAACACUCCAGCUAUUCGAUACUUGUAUGCCUUUGCUCUCAAUCGUCGAAACAAGGAAGGUGAUAGAGAAAGUGCUUUAAGAGUUAUUGAAAAGGCCUUAGAAAAAAAAGAAAACCAUGUACCAGAUAUGUUGUGCCUUUGCGGUAGAAUUUAUAAAGAUAAGUUUGUAGAAAGCCGACAUACAGAUCAGGAAAGUUUAAAAAAUGCUAUCCGUUGGUAUCGGAAAGGAUUUGAGGUCCAACCCAAUGAGUACGCUGGCAUAAAUCUUGCUACGCUCUUAGUCAUAGCUGGAAAUGAAUUUUCUAAGAGUGAAGAACUCCAGCAUAUAGGAAUGGUAUUAAACAAUCUAAUCGGCAAAAAGGGAAGCCUAUCGAGUCUGAAGGAUUACUGGGACGUUGCAACUUUUUUUGAGAUAAGCGUUUUAGCAGAAGAUUAUUCGAAGGCUAUUCAGGCAGCAGAAUGCAUGUUUAAAUUGAAACCUCCAAACUGGUACCUGAAGUCGACAAUAGGCAACAUCUCACUCAUAGACAGAUUUCGGAAAAAGAAUGAAGAAGCUGAAGUUUCACCUGAGGAGCAAAUCUUCAGUUUUUGGAUGGAUUACUUCGUAGAAGCUACAAACACAGAAGUUGGCGACAGUAUUCGGUUCCCACUUUUAGUUUUGGAACCAACUAAAAUCUUAAUGCCCAGCUAUGUGAAUGUAAACCUCGGAGCUGAAGAGAAAUCCAUCCAAAUAUGGAAUUUAUGUCUAGACAGUAUGAAAAGUAACUGCAAACAGGUGCACGAUUGGCUGUUUACGGCGAAUAUGAUUCGCAGUGUAAGUCUGUAUAAACGGGACGAACGUUGUCUAUUUUUAUACGUUCACCAAAAUUCGGACGAUUUCCAAAUGUACCUACCAUCCGUACAAUGCAGACAAAGGUUUUACGACCUUGUCCUGGAAAUGACCAGAGAUCAGGAGGGUAUGGUUACCGAUUUAGAUGCCUACAUGACCGAUGAUCAAAUGAAGUUUGAAUAUGAGUUAGACGACCAAAAUAAGCGCAUUGUCCUCGGCAAAGGCACUUACGGCAUUGUAUAUGCAGCCCGCGACCUAAAUACUCAAGUAAGAAUUGCGGUUAAAGAAAUUCGCGAACGAAAUCUAGGAGACGUUCAACCAUUGCACGAGGAAAUUAAAUUGCAUAGCCAAUUGAGACACCGAAACAUCGUUCAAUACCUAGGCUCCGUGAGCGAAGAUGGAUAUUUUAAAAUUUUUAUGGAACAAGUUCCUGGAGGUAGUUUAUCAGCUCUUUUAAGGUCCAAGUGGGGUCCUUUGAAGGAAAACGAGUCCACUAUAUCGUACUACACGAAACAGAUUUUAGAAGGCCUUAAAUAUCUCCACGAUCAAAAAAUUGUUCAUCGGGAUAUCAAAGGGGAUAAUGUACUAGUGAAUACGUACAGUGGCGUUGUCAAGAUAUCUGAUUUUGGCAUGUCAAAACGUUUGGCUGGACUUUGUCCGAGCACGGAAACGUUCACGGGUACUUUACAGUAUAUGGCGCCGGAAGUGAUCGAUAAAGGUCAACGUGGAUACGGGGCCCCCGCUGAUAUCUGGUCCCUGGGUUGCACAAUAGUCGAAAUGGCAACUGGCAAGCCUCCAUUUAUCGAGUUGGGUUCGCCGCAAGCCGCUGUUUUUAAGGUGGGUUACUACAAGAUACACCCAGAAAUACCUUCGGAAUUAUCGGAGCGAGCUAAAAGUUUCAUCCUUCGUUGCUUCGAACCAAAUCCCGAUCUCAGAGCGAACGCAGCCGAGUUACUGGAGGACCCAUUUCUUACCGAGAAAAAAAAGAGUUCGAGAUUGGCAGCUCCUCCCGACUUCAGCAGGAGUAUAUCGGUUCCAGCAGAAAGAUUGGAGAGAUUGGGCAAGUGUGACAAAACGAACAAUAAUCACAUCGUUGGAAAUGCUUCUGCCGCGCAAACGUCACAGUCAGAUGACAGUGGAGGUAUCACCAAGUCGAGUCCAUUGAGGGAACGUAGUCCAGCUCAUCUUCUGUCCCCUAUCAGCAUGCCUGCUACUGCCAUGUCUUUUAGCAGUACAAUUGGGAGCACGCCGUCUAUUGAGACCAGUGAAACGGAUACUCCAGGGGCACCUAUGACCAGAAGAAGUUCCUCGGGUGGAUUAUUGUCACCUGAAGUUGAAUUGACUGGUCAACCGGGCCAAAAGGCUGGAGAAGAGCAAGAGGGAUUCUACUUACUGAAGAAAGAUAGUCAGAGGCGAAUGACUUUAACGAGAGUCUUGAGUCAGGACGAGGCGAAAAUUUGUGAGGUUUGGAUGCGAAGCAUACACCAAGACGUUGGACAAACUGUUCUUCGAACGAGCCAUUUGGUGUUACUUAUGCGUGGAUUGAAAGACUACAUAUCGGAGCAAAACCAAGACGUCAUCACAACCGCUAUUCGUACACUCAAGGAAGAACUGGAUUUUGAUUCAACGGCUAUUAAUCAUUUGCAUCUGGCGAUUUACUUGUUCCAAACUGCAGUGAACGAAGUCCUUAGAAUGCACAGUAUAAAACCACAUUGGAUGUUUGCAUUGGAUAAUCUAGUCAGAAACGCAGUUCAAGCAGCUAUCACUGUAUUGUCGCCUGAAUUGGGGGCCAAUUUACUCGGGCAAGAACGCGUUCGUUCGGUCGUUGAUGGUCCAGAAGAAGGCUCGACGUCUGGUGUGUCGACUGUUAAUUCCGUUAAGUCUCAAAAAACUGUGGAUUCGAUCGACAAUAAAUAUUGGAGAGAAUAUCACGAUCAAAUGGGAGCUCUAAAAGCCGAAAACAUGAAGUUGCUUCAAGAAUUACUGGAGAGUCAAAAAUCAUAUCAGACGUUGCUCCAGCAAGCAUUAGAGGAGCAGAGAGCGCAAGUUGGCAGUUUAACUCAACUGUGUGAAAUAAUCAACAGGAGAACUGCUAGACAGGAAUCAGGGUACAACUCUACCGUGUCUGGUGGUGGAGGAGCCGUAUCACCGCAACCAAUUUUAUUGCCCCAAAUUAGCGUCACGGAUCAUAAUGUAACACCUCGUUCAGAUAUUCGUCUGGUGGAAUGGCUUCAAGGACUCGGCAUAGAUGAAGCAUCGAUUGACAGGUUUUUGUACGAGGAGUACUCACUCGAGGACAUUUUGUUUCACGUAACGCGAGAUGAUCUUCACAGAUUAGGAUUAAGAGGUGGGAUCGAAUUGAGAAUAUGGAAAGCAGUUCUGCAGCAUCGCAAGGAAAAUGAUAUUUGAUGCAAAAGAAAAGAAGAGGGAUUUUCGUUGUACGAUGAGGAACCGUCAAUUAUUUUUUUUUGGAGAUUUCAGUUGGCGACUAAUACGAGAGAGGGGAGCUAGCGAAAGAAGGCUCAAUUAUAUUUGUAAUAUUCUCUAUUCUACAAGGAGAAUUGAUUAUUGCUUACCAGCCCGUACGAAAAAUGGACACAAAUGAUGAUGCUACAAUAAAGCUUAGGAAGAAAUUCGGAUGCAGGGCAUACCGUCCAAUGAACCUGAAUAACAAUUACCCCUGACACAGGGAAAUCGACUUGAAAGCCUUCUUUAGUGUCUUAUCGCCGGUGGAUGCAAUACCGAGAAAGGAAUAUUUAUUCUGUACACGUCGUACCUCUCACGCUAUUUUUCAACAUUGAAGAUAUAGGAUCUGAAUUUAAUUUUCUAUCUACGUCCUAGCGAAUCGAAAUAAGAAUUCGUCUUCCAAAAUGUAGGGAAAAAGAAUGUAGACUAGAAUAAGAUGUGAUAAUCUCGUCGGGAGUCAGUCACGACCACUGCAUUGCACGCCAUCCGUUCCGCUAAUAUCAGAAAACUGAUUAAUUGCCAAUGUGUAGAAAGCAUUGUUAGUUUCAGAAUGGCAUGCGAAUUCAGGCACUAACGUUACAGUGACUACUCACCAUGGAACUGCUCUCAUCUACAAAGCUAUGUAUAUUAAUGUUCCAGAAUUAAUAUUAUUAAUAGUAGCAAUAGUAAUAAUGGUAACAGAACUGAUGUUACCAUUAUUAAUAUUGUCGAGUUGUUGCUGUUGUUAAGUGUAAGAUGAAUUUAUAACAAAUAAAAUUAAACAAUCCAGCAA